UAUUUUAUUUAUUUAUUUACAAUAAUUAUGAAUCAGCAACAAUUAACUAAAAUCGAAAUAUCAAAUACAUUUAAAACAUUAUUACAAAAGAAAUUUAAUAAAAAUUGCUUUGACUGUAAUUCAAAAGGACCUACUUGGACUUCACUUGAUUUUGGUAUAUUUAUUUGUCAAGAAUGUGCUGCUAUUCAUAGAAGUUUAGGUGUUCAUAUUAGUUUUGUCAAGUCAACCAUUUUAGAUGGCUGGACACGCCAGCAAUUAAAUACCAUGAUAUUAGGUGGAAAUGCAAAUGCUCGUGAAGCCCUGGGUGAAACAGUAGUUAAUAUGAAGGAUUUAAAGUCAAAAUAUACAAGUAAAACUGCUUUAUCAUAUAAGCAUAAAUUACGGAAAAGAGCUCAUCAAGAAGAGUUGUCACAAGAGCAACAACAACAAGAUCCUCAGCCACAAAAUGAUCUCAUUCAUCUUGAACCAUCUCAACCAUCGACAACUCCCAUUUCUCUUCUUGAUGAAGAAUUAAAUACUUUAGCAUCUCCCGUUUUGAAAAAGACAAAUGUCUUUGAUGAUUUAGAUGUAUUUAAAAACUCGUCUCAGCCCAUGACUACUUCAUCUCUAUUUGAAGAACACGUAGUAUCCACGCAGACGAAUCCUACACAUAGUUCGGUUUUUGAUGAUCUUUUGUCUACUGUGACUUCAAACAAUCAUCCAGUGAUAGAUGACCUCUUGUUUUCUUCUAAUUCGACAUCCAUUGUCAAUGCAAACUCGAUAACAAAAGAAGAUCACCCUUCUUCUUCUAACAACAACAACAACAAAGCCAUUGAUGAUUUCUUUGAUCAAUUUGAAAAAAAGACAAAUCUAAAGGAAACACCAAAGCGACCGAUACAGUACAAAGCGCCCACAACGAAAAAAUCAGGACAUCAGCAUAAACUAGGGGUACGUAGAGUAAAAGGGGAUGUAUUCCAACAACAAACAGAGCUAGCAUUAAAAGAAGAAAGAUGGAGAGAAGAAGGAUUGAGAGAAGAAGAGAUUGGAAGAGAAAGUCGAAAUUUUAUGCUGAGAAAGAUGACAGAAAAUGGAAAAGAUGGAGUGAUACCAAAAUUACCAAAGCCAACAUCAUCUCGACUUGUCUAUAAACCAGCAGAAGAGAAAGGGAAAGAUGAUCAAGAGGAGCGAUUGGGAAUGAUGAAACUUCAAAGUGAGGGUAAAAAAAAGCAGGAAGUGGAAGAGGAAGAUGAAGAGUAUUAUGCUCGUAAUAAAUUUGGUAAUGCAAAGUCCAUUUCCUCUGAUCAAUACUUUGGUCGAGAAGAAGAAAAGAUGGCAAGUAGUAGUAGUAGUAGUCCAGCUCGAUUAGCCCAGUUUCAAGGAUCACAUAGUAUUUCCUCAGAUCAAUACUUUGGUAGACCCUCAUCUCAGCAACGUAAUUCUUCUGUAUCGAAAAAAUUUUUGAAGGUAGCAUCAAAGGGGGCAGCUAAGAUACAACAAAUGUUAGCAGAUAUGGAGUAGUAGUAGUAGUGGUAGUAUCAUCAUCAUUGUAUUUUAUUUUAUUUUGGAAAAUAAAUCAUAUAUGAAUAUAGCAUAUAAUAAAACAUUACUUUCUCAUUAUUG